AUGAGCCCACCAGGUCAUCUCAAGCUCGACGAUGACACCUUCAUCAACUACUCAGAGGCGCAGUGCCGAGAAGAUGAUAUCAUUAAUAAGCUGAGAUUUGCCGAACGUCGCAAAGAACUCUACAAGAAUCUUGAAGAACAAACAGACACGAUUCUCUCUCUCGUCAGGCACCAUCUGAACUUAGGCGACGAUGCGAAAUGCGAAGUCUGGCCCCAUGAGCUAUGGAUCCAGGGGAGCUUCAAUGUUUGCAUCCCUAUUACAACAGUAUCGGGUAUCGUUACUCGCCAUUUGAUGUUGCGCUGCUGUUUACCAUACAAGCUUGCCGAGGCACAAUACCCAGGCACCAUUGAUGAGAAGUUGAGAUGCGAAGUCGGAACUUAUGUCUGGAUGCAACAGCAUUGUACAGAUAUCCGCAUUCCCUACCUCUACGGUUUUGGCCUCACCGAUCACCGCCAUUAUUCCCAUGAGAGCUGUCGCCCUUGGUACAUACGCCUUUUCCGCAAAUUUCAUCGUCGUCUCAACGGUCUUUUGCAUCACGACAUGCCAUCCUGCUAUACCCUUCACCCGUCGCGACACCAUCUGCCCACGGCAUACAUGCUGCUCGAAUAUAUCGGCCCCGACGUGGGGCAAAUGCUCUCAAAUUCCCUACCUAGCCAAUUCAACGAUUUGGACCGCAGAGAACGACUGUUCCGAGGUAUAGCACGCGCGAUGCUCUCCCUCGCCCGAGUUCCUCAGCCACGCAUAGGGUCUUUUCAGUUUCAUGAUGAUUGCCACGUCAGGCUCACGAACAGGCCAUUGAUAUGCUCGAUGAUGAUCUUCGAGAACGACGGUGCACGGAGAGCGAUCGAGAGGACGGAAACAUACUCAUGCACAGAGUCCUUCGCUUCGGACAUGAUUUCAUGCCACGAUAACUAUUUUAUCAGUCAACGAAACGCUGGUGAUGAGGACAAUUGUCGUGAAGGUAUGGCUAUGAGGACCCUGCUGCGAGGAUUGUCCUGUAAAUACCUCAAGAAAGAGUUUCGAAACGGGCCAUUUGCCUUACAGUUCACCGAUCUACAUGCAAGUAAUAUUUUUGUUGAUGACGACUGGAAUGUUACUUGUCUCCUGGACUUGGAAUGGAUCUCGGCACUGCCCGUGGAGAUGUUGGCCGUGCCCUACUGGGUAACUAAUCGCAAGAUCGAUGAGGUAGCGCACAAAAAAGAUGAGGACAAAGAUGAGGACGAAGACUAUUUUGAGGAAUUCGACGAGGCUCGGCAGCAGUUUAUGCGCGUGUUCGGGGAGGAGGAAGCAAAGGCAGAUUCAAACACUCCUUUUUCAAGGGUCAUGCAAGACACGUGGAACUCAAAGGCUUUUUGGUUUUGGCAUUGUUUAAAGUCCGUGGACGCUAUGCCCUGGCUUAUGUUUGAUCAAAUUUAUCCCCAGUUCGAUGCGCACUUGGGCCCCGAUGCUAGAAUGACGCUGUCGAAGUUCUGGUGCCAAGACUCCGAGACGAUGGUCAACAAGAAGAAGAACGAGCUCAAAGUCUAUAAGGAGGAACUGUGUGAUGCAUUCAAAUAG